AUGAUUGCUCUUAAAUGGAUUCAAUUAUUUUUUUAUUUUAUAUUUUUCAACGGUGUUGUUCUGGUACCGAAUAUGAACAUAAGUUUCGAAGAGAACCGAUUUUCCGUAUUGUCAGGAGUUUUGAAACAUAUUAUGGACUGCAAUAAUGAUAAUAGAAGAGCUAUAAUCAAUUGUGACGCUGAUAAAAAUCUGAUCAAGUCAUUUUCUGACUUGGAAUCAGCAGUUACUAUUAUUUUGAAUUGUAAUUUAUCAGCAGUCAAUCAACUUACGAUUACAAAAAAAUGGAGGUCGUUUAUUGCAGCAUUUGAUGGUUCUUUGCAUGAAAUCGACAGAAUUCUUCACAAGUUUAACCAAUCACCAUGGUGGAAUGUUAAUACACUUUUUUAUAUUCUGAGCGGAUCAAAAAAUGGCUGUAGUGAUGCAGAACAAGUUCUAAAAAUCGCUUGGAAAUUGAAUAUUUUGAAUUGUUACUUUGUAUGCUUUGAUUUUGAGCAAAAGCCAUUUGUUUUUACUUUUAAUCCUUAUUCAAAAUAUGCGCCAGAUCCAUGGAAAAUUAUUCGAGAAAUCACUGAAAAAUUCAAUUAUAUGGCAAUUUAUCAUCGACCUUCCACUAAAAGAAACAUAUGCACGGGCUUGAGUUUCGAUCGGACUAAAUAUUUAGAUAAAGCAGCAUUAAAUGUAGCUCUCUGCAUACCUUUAUCAAAAUCUCACUCCCUACCAAAUUUAAGUGAAGAGAACCAAAAUUUAAUUUAUACGCACUUUGAAGGUGACAUGUUUAAACUGUUAAAAAAGGGACUAAAAAUUACCCUUAAAUACGAUUACGAUUUGGAGGCAUUUGACGAUCCAUCGAAACCUCGUGGUGUCUUGAUCCGUUUAAUAAACAAAACAACUGACGUCGCUAUGUGUUUGACCACUCACGAACUCAUACUUGAUCUUGUUCCUAGUCAUCAAAUUAUUUACACCGGUUUUACAAUAUUUUCGAAAAAUCGUGGACUUCGCGGCCCAUUGGAAAAAAUGUACAAUUUCUACGGACCAUUGAUGAUCACAGCUACAGUUAUCAUUUCAGCAAUCACCUACUUUGUUAUUUGGUACAUCAAUAAAUUGCGAGGACAUUGGUUCGCGAUUUUCGAGAUUCUCCGUCUCUGGACUUCGACAUCACUUUACUCAAAAAUUGAUUCUCUGGCCCUUCGAAUUUUUUUUGGAGUAAUAUUCAUUUAUUUUUUGAUACUUAACGCAACUUUUAGCGGACAUUUGUCUAAAUUUUUGACGAAUCCUGAAUUAAGACAUAAUGCUGAAACAUUAGAAGACUUGAAAAGCAGCAGUUAUGGAAAAUUUUGCUAUUCUCCACCCAGUAGAUAUUUAUUUGUAAAUGACAACAGUUUAGAGCUGAAGUCUACUCCUAUAACAUUUUUCAAGGGCAUUGAAGCAAUUUUAAAGAAUGAAAUGGAGGCAAUGAUCGGCGUUCACUUUGGUUUCCUCGUUGGUUUCAAACGCAUGAACUUGGCGAAAGAUACUCUCAAAAAUUAUUACCUGUCCAAAAAUUUUAUUAGAGAUAAUUAUAUAUUGUAUGCUCUUCGCCAUGAUUGGCCGUUGAAUGAAAAAUUUAAUAACUUUUUAAUAUUGUUGGAAGACACUGGAAUUUUACUGAAGCUGAAAAAUGAUUUAGUCUCUGAUCUUGAAUUGCUAUUAAUGCCACUUGAACUCAAUCCUGAGUUUAAGCCUAUUGAUCUAGAGUCGUUACUGUUUAUUUUUUAUUUUUUGGGAAUUGGGCUUACUACAGCUACUUUUUGUUUCAUACUUGAAAGAUGGCAGAGAAAAAAACCCAAUUCUUAUUCAUUUCAUCGCAAUCGAGCUCAAAUGAUUAAAAAACGAAGAGGGCGAAAAUGUAUUAUUCGUGUUUAA